UUCACUAUAUCUGGUCUCCCACAGUUGACAGAACAUGGAAACACAAUUCUUUUAGUAAAUAUAAACUGCUAAAUACCUUUUCUCUCAGUUGGCAGAGCACUGGUUAAAGCUUGUAGGAGGAGUUUUCUUGCUGCUCUAGGAGGAUGUGAAACCCCCUGACCCUCUGUCUGGACAGUGCUGGUUGGCCCUGUACUGAUCACAUGCACUCUCUCCAAAAAAAAAAAAAAACCUUUCUAGAACUACACACCAAACUGAGCAUGUGUAUGUUACCAUGGAUUCAGUCUGUAUCAGGUGGUUAUUUCAACAAGAGGAGGGGCAGAGAAGAAAGGAUCAAACAGCCUUUUUACACAAUGCAGAGGAUUAACCCCCUGAGGUUCCACAGUGAGUAUAACAAGCAUGCUUUACUGCAUAUACAGACUGAUUUUACUGUUGUGGGUUUA